GCUCCAGCCGAAUGGAUUCGUGUACAGCGCAGCCAUCCGCGCCUGCGGACUUCCCGAGGAAGUGCAGGGCGAGAUCUAUACAGGCACACAAAGCGGUUCCGUGGCUCCCGCUCUGAGUAUUUUGCAAAUUGGAGCCUACGCUGGCAUAGUUGUCUUCACAUGGGGUUCUUCUGUUAGCAUGUUGGAGCUGCUCCGGGACAUGCUCCAGCGACACCUGGAGCCUGAUGCUAUUUGCUACAGCGCGGUCGCCAGCGCUUGCGUAAAAUGCAACUCUUGGGCUCCGGCGCUGUCAUUGCUAUGUGCCGCCAUUGCACACCAAGGGUUGGGGCUCGUUCCCGCGAAUGCCAUGCUUGGCGCCCUGGAGAUACCUGGUCUCUGGGAGGCCUCCUGUCGACUGCUCCAGGAGAUGCAGACGAGCUUCGUUCUGCCCGACGUCAUCUCCUACAGCGUGGCCAUCAGCGCGUGUGAGAGAACAGCCGAGUGGUGCACGGCACUGGAGUUGCUUCGCAGCAUGGAGCAGCAGAGCGUGAGCUCCAACAUUAUUGCAUGCACGUCUGCGAUCAGUGCUUGUGCCUCCGGGGGAGCUUGGCAGCAAGCACUGGGCCUCUUUGCAGCUCUGCCGGGACGGUCACUGAGUGCCAAUCUCGUCACGUAUGGAACGACCAUUUCGGCAUGUGCACGAGCGGUGCAGUGGCAGCGAGCUGUGACGUUGAUGGAGCAGUUUUACGAGUGGCCGAGGGUGCAGCAAGCAUCCAGCACGAUGCUGAAUGCCGUCAUUUACGCCUGUGCGCGCGGCGCCCAGUGGCGACCUGCCCUGGCUUGGCUUCGGCAGAUGUCCGACGAGGAACUGCAGCCAGAUGUGAUCAGUUUUAAUUCCUGCAUCCUUGCGUUCGAAGAUGUUCUGAGUGAGGAUGAUGCGCGAUUCGGCAUUGUCCAGGAGCUGGUGGACGAGAAGCUAGCUCUCGGCUUGACUGCACCCCGGCGGCUGCGGCGGAAGCCGUAUGCAUCCAAUGACUUCUUCCAGCUCAUUGGACCGCUGAUUGCAGAGGGGUUGCGGGGUCUUUCGCUGCGCCACUUUCUGCGGGCCUGUGCCAGGCCGCUGCAGCGCAGCUUCCGGGCCUCGCGGUUGAAGGCGACUUCUUCGCUUCUGGCUCGCCUUGGCGAUGAUGGCUGGCAGGUCAGCCCGCUUCCCUGGCUGGCUGAUGGGUUCCUCGCCCAGGGUGCCACCGCAGUCGGUGGAAGCCCGCCUCAUGUAACUGGCGAGGUGUAUUUCCAAGAGGCCACAUCCAUGCUCCCAGCGGAGGUGUUGCUGCUGUCUCUGGAGUGCUUCACGCAGACAUCUGGCCGACGGACCAUGACUGGCUUGCUGCUGCUCGACCUGUGUGCAGCUCCUGGCAGCAAAUCCACGCAGCUGGCGGCCGGUCUCCAGGGUGGCGCACUCGUUGCCAACGAGCCCGACUUUCGGCGCGCCGAGAUUCUUCACCGAAAUCUGCUGAGAAGUGGGUCCGGCAGCCAAGUGGCGGUCAGCUGCGCGGAUGGACGGGAAGUUGGGCAAGUCUUCCCCGAAGCCUUCGACGGGGUGUUGGUGGAUGCCCCGUGCUCCUGCGAAGGCACAGUGCGAAAAGAGAUCCUGCGUCUGCUCCGUUGUGAUGCCAAGGAGAGCCGGGCGCUUACAGAGAUUCAGCUAUCUUUGCUCCACAGCGGUUGGCGCGCUCUGAAGCCGGGUGGCUGCUUAGUUUACUCAACCUGCACCUUCAACCCUAACGAGAACGAGAAGGUUUGCUCACAGUUCCUCAAGGAUGUCGGCCACGCUGCCAUACCUGUGGAGAUUUUGUCUCUGCUUGAGCUCCCUUCCGCGGUGGGACCGCACUUCCACGUGCUGAGCAAGGGCGGAGGUGGCCUAGGAGCUGUGCGCUUGCUUCCCCACAGUUUUAAUGUCGAGGGCUUCUUCAUCUGCUGCUUUCGGAAGUCAGCGGAUCACCCAACUGCCGCAGGUGCGGUUCUGCGCACCUCUGAAUUCGCUUCCUCUCGGUUUCGACGGAGGCCCUGGAGCUUUUAG